GGCCCAGAUGAUAAAUAAAACCUAAAUGUAGGAAACGCCAUUUUGGUCUUGAGGAUGAUAUAGAAUGUCUGCUAAUGAGAAAUGCCAAGACCCACUGAUUGGCUUUACCUCACACACGGUAACUGCACUUAACAGGUGUUGAAAGUACAUAGAGAUGAACGUUCGGUCGAGGAUUUUUCCCUUCUUAAAAUGAAAGAAUCCUACCCUUCAUGGAUGGCCAAGCCUAACGUCUGCUUACACGUCUGUGCUACUGCCGAUUAUUAACUCCUGAAAUUGAAUUCAUUUGAUUCUUCCACAAAUGUCAAUUAUACAGUGAAAUGAACAGUAUCAAGAGGCGUGGCUCGUUUCCUAUUCCUUUUCUUAAAGCCGUGUUUGAAUUUGACACGUUCUCUUAUUACGAUAUCCAGUUGAAAUUACUUCAGUGUUUCGGUUUGUUUACACGGAAUUAUAGAAAUUAACGUAUAGAAAAUUGCACAACGACAUAUUAAUUUGUUCCUUGAACAAAUUUUGAAUCUUGAUUAAAAGUGCACAGUAUGGGAGAAGGGGAAAAAGUGUGAAGGCAAAAGAGUAGUACAUGUAGUUUGCAGGGAAAGUUGUUUUUUCUUUUCAUUGAAUUAAUGUGAAUGGUUAGAUCAGACUGGUUAUCUGCGGAAUAUCAGCGUGACACUGAUGCAGUAACGAUAGAAUUUAUUGACAUACAUUUAAAAAAGCGCUUGUCAUUUUCUCUGGAUGAAAUAUACUACUUUUCUGUUUAAAGGCAAGAUUUUAUCAUGAUUCUAGUCAAUCAUAAUGAUUUCCGAUAAAUACCACGGUUUAGUGCUUCAUUCUCGCUUUCUUUUUUCUGAUUAUCCGGAAACACAUGGCGUGUAUGUUUCAUGGCAUGUAGAAUGAAAGCUUCACCUUAGUGCCAAUCAAUUCAUUUUUCUGUUAUGACAGGCUGAUAGCUUUGCAGUUUACUUAAGGAUAAUUAAUGAUAAUGCAGAAUGUACGAUAUAAACCCUAAAUGAUGUGAUCAGAAACUACUGUACAUUAUGACACACAGAUUAUAUUGACCUGUGGGUUUGUAGGUACGCGUAGAAAAAAAUAUUUCAUAUUCUUUAGUGUUAACCAUAUUUUAUUUGCAGUCAUUGAUAUAUUACUUUUUCAAUGUACUUGAUGUGAAAAAGGACUGGAAAACAAGAUAUUUCUUUAUAAAUCCCUUUUCUUGUAAUUUUACAUCAAUAUGAAAAUAAUUAAUUCGUUGUUGAGGGUUAUAAAUGACUAUAAACUUACAGAACAAUUUAAUCGCUACCUUACAAACAAAAAAGUCAUUGAAGAAAUAAGGAUUUCCCGUGAUAAACACAAUCGUAAGUUGUCAUAGCAAAAAGAUAAUUUUGUACCUCCUGAAUUUGUGGAAUUUUUUUUUUUUAAAUCUUUGACUAAACCAAAUGAUAUCAGCAAUUGCAAGUCACGUCCGCCUCUAAAGUCUGCAUAUCAUACCUACUUUCAUCCUAUGAACAACGCUACAUAAUGAGCAUUUUUCUGGCGUGUCAACCUUGCAUUAUUAACCUGGCAUGUCAUUACAUGGACCAGGACCACCACUAAAUCACUCAGUGUAGCAGAACAUACCUCAAACAACCCACCAUGCCCACCUAACCCACCAGGCCCACCUCAAACAACCCACCAGGCCCAGAUAGUGAUCUCCUAUAUUCCUGAAAAGAUGUAGAGCAGUCAAUAGUAAAAUCUAAACAAUUUUAGAAUUCUUACUUUACAUUUGUUCAACUUCCAGGUACAUUAUGGGGUGGGGGGGGGGGUACAAAUUACCCCUCACUUUCAAACCUAAUGGCCGUUAUCGAUUACAUCAGUUGUAUGUAAAAUUUUAUUAAAAAUAUUUAAACAUAUUUAUAAUUAUCGUCUACCUGAUAAUAUGAUAAACCAAUAUCAAUCAAAAUUUCAACCUGGUAAUUCCACAACUACAUGUAAUCAAUUACAUAAAUUAUAUACCAUACAAUGCUAUCAAAUUUGGAUAAAGGUAAAGAUAUGAGUUUUGUCUUCUGUGGUAUCUUGGCACACUGAUAAUGACUACGGAUUACUCCAGAGGUGGGAUCAGGUGCCUAGAAGGAGUGAGAAUCCCCUGUCGACCGGUCACACCCGCCGUGAGCCCUAUAUCUUGAUUAGGUAAACGGAGUUAUCCGUAGUCAAAAUCGGUGUGCCAAGAACAGCCUAACAAUCGGUAUGAAACACAUUAGACAGCAUUUGACCCAAUGAUAGGUUGUAUUGGCAAACUAGAUCGUUAUGAUGACCAUAGAAUUUGCGAAAUGCUGACUUUAAACGAGACUGUUGAAAUCCCUGCACCAUCAACUGCUUGUCAGUAAACUGACCAUAAGCACAACAAACUCUUGCUUAUUGAAUAGUUGAGAAAUAUAAACAUCAUAUGCAGUUGAUAAUGGAAUAUUGCUACAUAAAUAUGGGAAGUUGACACUGGAGAAGCUGAAAUCAUCCCAUUUGUCAUAAAUUAAAAGUUAAGUUGUUAGUUUGCCGUUAAUAUUUACUUUCAAUAAAAUAUUUAAGUAUGAAGCAGAAGAGGACGGUUUUGUGGUGUCUUUUAUUAUGAGUUCACUGGGAUAUAUCGAAUCGACAUAUGAAUGAAAAUUAUUAUUGCUAAUAGAUAAUAUGUCGUCGAUAUAUCUACUAAUUGAAGGCCACAGCAAAAGAUUUUUUCUUCUCACGUAGAAGUUUUUGAAUAAAUUCUGCUCCAUAGGAAUAUAAAAACAGGUCAGCUAACAAGGGAGUAUAUGUAAUAUAUGUAUUCAUACAAAUGUGAACGAAAUACUACUGCAUUUAUAUGAUUUUGAUCUGAAGAGGAUGUAUGCAAUGUCUGCCGUUUAACGUAUAUACUGUAAUAGGAUAUGUUUAAAUUGAGAGUUAACAAAAACACGUGAUGGUGACAUUUAAUUGAACAAUAUCUAUUAAAAUCACUUUUACCAAGUUGAGAUAGUAUAAAAAUAAUUUGAAACCAACUUAGACAAGAUGACAUUCUGGAGACAGUUUAAUUCGUGAUCGGAUAAAAUAGGAGAAAGAAAUGAGUGAUACAGACAUAAAAAUGUUUGAGUCAUGGCUUUUUUCCCCAGGUCUAUGAGGGGAGGGGUACAAUUUAAUUUAGGCCUAACGAUUAAAAUUUUCCAGAAAAAUGUAAAAUUGGAAUCAAAAGGAUAAUUAUAGAAAGCGGAAGAAGUUUCUUUUGAACGUGUCCCUCGGGUUGGUUGAUAUUAAGUGCAUCAUGCAUACUCGCAUAGUUUUGGUCUGAUAAUGGAAUUGGUGGGCGGGAUGGUAUGCAAUUAUAUAUGUAGUAACCAUUUGUUGCCUGACGGAACAUUUUAUAACAACACAAGACACAUUUUGUUUCUUAAAUAAUUUAUAAAAGUGCUUAAUAAACUGUGACAUUUUGUAUAUAAAUCACAAGAAUGUAGACAUGUAUUACAUGUACCUAGCAGAUGAAAACAAAACAUGCAAACUUUAUCACGUGAAGAGAAAUUGAUUUGGAAAAUUCAAAUUCAUGAAUCACCGUCUCUCUGUUGAAUUGGGCACAUGGAGAUAUACUCCAAUACGUGAAAGAAAGAAAAUUUUAUAGAAUUAAAUUGCAGAUGAAUGUCAAUACAUGCUCGGAUGUUAUUUGUCAAGCUCUAAUUAUUCAUCACAGAAAAUAUGAGAAUGUACGCUGUAAAUUGCCUGAUUAUUAUCUUGCUGUAUUAAUUUUAACUCAUUUUUAUUAUUCUUAUGUACUUCAACCUGCUUAGGUUGUGUUUGUAUGUGCUGUGUAUUUAUGUGAUUUGAGUGUACAUAUGUAAGCGAAUUUGAACUUUCUUUUUGGUAGUGAUAUAGAGAUAAUUGAAGAGGAAAUAUAUCAACUUUAAAGCAAUACAAGCUGUAACUGACGGCAUUUUUUCAACUAUACAAUUAAGCAUCAAUUAUUAUUAACUCCUAUCGGCAUAACUAAUAUAAUCCCCAAGAUCUGAAGAAAAAUUCAGCAAAAUAAACAAGGGAAUAUUGUUUGAGAGCAUACCUACAAUGAGCGUUUCGUAUAAACCGCCAGUGCGCAGUAUACACGGACGAUUGCCGAACAUAAUCGGGUUGCUGAGGCUGAGGUCAUAUAUAAUAAACAAAAACCAAAAAAACUGGGCUCCACCAUAUAACUGAAAAAACAAUAUAUGCACCCCUGGGUGCAUGAGCCGAGUUGCAUGGGAUACAUUGUAAAGUCAGGAAUGAUAUGGCAUAUUUAUAAUUGUGAAGAACUAAUUUCAGCUUUAAACUUUUCGAGUUACUGUCCAGAAACCAUAUUUGUCUGAAGUUUUCAAUCUAUUUUCGGUCACUGUGACCUUGACCUUUGGCCCUUUUUUCUCCAAAAUCAAUAGGGGCCUUGCUUUGCUGGUAUCCAACAAUAUAUCCAAGUUUCAUUUGAUUCAAGUUAAAAAAAAAAUUGAAUUAUCCUCCGGAAACCAAACUUUUUUGGAAUUUUAAAUCUAUUUUUGGUCACUGUGACCUUGACCUUUGACCUAUUUUCUCCAAAAUCAAUAGGGGUCUUCCCUACCUGGUACAUAACAAUAUCUUUAAGUAUCAUUUCAUUCGGAUUUAAACUUUUUGAGUUAUCAUCCGGAAACCAAAUAUUUCUGAAAUUUUCAUUCUAUAUUCGGUCACUGUGACCUUGACCUUUGACAUUUUUUCUCCAAAAUCAAUAGGGGUCUUCCUUACCUGGUACCCAACAAUAUAUUAAAGUUUCAUUUGAUUAGAUUGUAAACUUUUCGAGUUAUCAUCCGGAAACCAAUUGUUGACGCCCAACCGCCCGCCCGCAUCACCAAACCAAUAGCCGAGUUCAACUUCGUUGCAACUCGGCUAAAAAUUGUCGAGUGUGGCGGAAAACAUCAAUCAAUCAAUCAAUCAACAAAGAUGGAAACUGACGUGAGUAACUACACGUUUCGUUUGUUUAAAAUAUUACAUCGGUUCAUGAAUGACUAGAAGUACUAUAAGUAUAAGAAAGUAAUAAUUGCGCAAAUGUGCCACUCAAAGGAAAUUUUGAUAGUGAAUUUUCUAUAAAAUUGGCUGUUAAAUUGUUUACAAAUCUGACACGUGCUCAGUGCCUCUCUUUCGCUUUUUUCCCGAACUGGUGACCUCUGAGGUCAGUGCACAUCGGAGAUAACGAGCAGGAAUUACUGACAGGAUGAAAUUAUGAUUCAUGAAUCGACAUUUUCUGAUAAUUUGACGGGUUUAUUGCUUCAGAUUCACUCUGAUUCUAUCAAGUUAUAUGUAUUCAAUCGCAAAUAUGUUAAAUAUUUGUUCUUGUAUUUUUCAAUUUAUUUACCGUCAGUUAUAGCUUGUAUUGCUUAAAAUAUAUAUUGUAUAUCUUUAAUAGAAUUCGAUAUGAAAUAAAGAAUUUCUAUAAUGAAUAUUUAUCAUUUCCAACAAAACUUGCAAGAACAUUGGGACUUAAGAAAAUAUGAUGUACAAAAGGAUGUUGCAUUCAUUAAAAAAAAAAACCCACCAAUGUUGCAACCUUCUUUUUACAAAUUUCCUAGUGGGAGGUUUCAUAAUGCUGUCAGUCAAACCCAAUCUGCACGGAACGAUCAGAGUUGAUUCUCUCCCACUGCGGAGAAAGCGCACAUUUUAUUCCUUAUCUCGGGAACUAUCAGAUGGAACAGCAAAGUAUUGUUUGGAGAAGCUGAAGUUUAUCCGAUAUACCAACAGCCGUGCCAUGUAUUUUUGUAUACACAGACUUGUGUUAUCUGUCAAGAAAAGAUUAAUUCAUGGUAAUCUAACCUCGACUUGGUUUUAAAAUAAUACCAAUUCCUCCCGUAAAUCAAAGUACUGAGAGUAAUGUAAACUGGGAUUAAAGUGUAGAAGUCUGACGAAAACGAUAUAUAUAUAACAGUAUUUAACGUCUCCAUAUGAGUGAAAAAUUCUCCAGAGGGACGUUAAUCAAUAUACAAUCAUAAUCACAACAAUAUUUGUUUGUUUGGUUUUUUGUUUUUUUUUGGUGUUUUUUUUCUUCUUCUUCGUGAUUUUUAAGUUAUUUCCUGCUUAAAACAUUCAAAUAGAAGAAAACAGAGAAGACAAAUAUAUACCCAAAACAAUGUUGCAACGAUAUAUUAUCCUUAUAAUUCCUCCAUCAAGCUACCACGAGUAAACCUCAUGUUAUGAACACUUUAGUUUGUUUAUUAAAUGACGUAAAUGUCAGUCAGCUGCAAUAGUUAUUUGUUAAACUUUCCAAGCAAUAACCAAAAUAGUGAAACGAAUUGCUGCUGUGUUGGGGUUUCUGGUGCUAGGAUGGGACUCUUGUUAUUUAUAUGCUUAUAAUGCAUAAUUUCAUUCAAAAAGCAUUACAUCAAAUAGCCAAACUGAGACCACACCGAUAAGGAGACAACAUUGUCCCAAAAUUGUUAAAUGCAUGGGUUUCUAGUCAGAGUUUCUUGUCUUAAGCUUAUAUGAUAAAAAGCCUUCCAGAUUAGAUUAUUUCUUUUAAAAUGAUAUUUUCUUGACUCCCAGACAUUAAACAACCAAACUGGGUGCAAAGUUAUAAUCAUGACGGAAAAUAUCACUAUCAAAUUGUGAAAUAUAUACACUGUAGAUUCUGGAUCAGGGUUCUGAACCUCUGGUUGGGCUCUGUAAUUCAUGAGAUAAAAAUACAUUGGUCAAAAUUUGUUUCACUUCAUUUACAGCUAUAGCGACAGAACUAGCUCUCUGAGAAAAUAUUGGGACAGAUCGGAGAGCUACAGGUCCACCCCUAUAAAAACCUUCGAUUUACGGCGCAGAAAAAAAUGCGCAAAGUUGAAGCCUCAUAUCGAUGUAUUCUUGUAUUACCGUCUCAUAAUUCUAAUAUUAAAAAAAUCAUAACAUAUUUUCUUACUAUAGUUGUGUCCAAACAUAACUUCAAAUAUGUAUUAAGGAGGUAUGCUACACCAGAGAAAUUUGAUGUAGAUGAAAAGUGGAGGAUAUGUACAACAAUAUUUUGAAGUUGAAAAUUUUCAAAUUUACUUUAUUUAGUCAAAAAAUACAGUUUUAGUAGAAGGUAAUCUGAAAAAAAUUUAAAACCCCAGCUGGACUCGAACCUGCGACCUACAGUUCAGCAAUCGGUAUUCAAACCCACUGAGCUACUCGGCUAGGUAUUUAAAUGGAAAAGGAAAAGACAAAUAUUGCUGAUAUCGAUUUUUUCAUCCAUGUUUUUAAAGGAAGUCAGCCAUUAUGACGAUGUAGAGUACUACCUUAAAGCUCCAUACGACCCGAAAACUCAAAGCUUGAAAUGAUUUCGUUUGUUGACUACUUCCGAUUUCAUUACACAAAGGACACACUCGGAAACCUACAUCUUAUAGUUCAGAAUCAUAACUAAACCCAUCCAUAUGAAUAGCAAAUUACCAUGUAAAUCCAACUACAUGUAAUUGAUAAGGAUUAUAAACUGAUGUCACAUCCACAGCAACAGGAAAUCUGACGUUUCAUAUCUAUAAAAAAAAAAAAAAAAAAUUAAGGCGUUUAUGAUAUUACAGGUUUUCAUUUCUCUUGGGCACGAAUUGUGCUCCUUUAUUAGUUGAUAUUUUUUAUAUUCUUACGAGGCAGAAUUUAUUCAAAAGCUUCUACGUGAGAACAAAAAAUACCUUGCCCCACCAUCGACUCGACAUAGAGAUAUACCGACGACGUAUUAUCUAUUAACAAUAAUAAUUUUCACUCAUAUGUCGAUUCGAUAUUCCCCAGUGAACUUGAAAUAAGACACUAAAUAGUCUUCCACAUCUGCUUCAUACUUAGAUAUUUUAUUGAACAUUUAAAUGUUAACGGAAAACUAGCGGCUCAACUGUAUGACAAACGGGAUAACGUCAGUUCACCAUCGUCAGCUUCCCAUGUUAUUGUAGCAAUAUUCCAUCAACACCCGCAUAUGGUGUUUAUAUGUACAUGUAUCUCAUUUGAUGUGUUAUGCAAGAGUGUUCUGCGUAUUGUCAAUUUAAAUCUAGGCAAGUUACUGCCGAAUAAGUUGCUGUUCAACUGUCACAUUUAAAGUUACAGUAGCAAUUCGCAAAUUUUAUGGUCGCUGUAACGAUCUUUACCAAACACAACCUGUCAUUGGGUAAAAUGCUGUCUGACAUGUUUCAUACCAAAUGAGGUAGUUUUUUACACUGAUUUUGACAAUUGUUUACGCCGUGUACCCUAUUGAGGUGAAGGGCUCACAGCGGGUUUGACCAGUCGACAGGGGAUUCAUACCCCUCCUGGGCACCUGAUUCCACCUCAGAUCCGGGUUUGCUCUACUCUUAAUUUUGAAUUCUUAGGAGUUGUGAGAUUGAUCUUUACCUUCCUUUCAUACCGUAGUCCCAUGCCACAGGAAAUCACCCAGAGCCGAAAAUGUGUACUCACACUAAUGUGAGAAAAUAUUGAAUCAAUCAAUGUGUCUGUCUAGCUAUUUUAAAGGUAAAGUUGAAGGUAUUAAUUCCGCUUUGAUUUUUUUUAACAAUCUCGGUAGACAGAUUAUUAUGAUGAUUUUGAAAUUUAUGGCCCACAUUGCUCUCCACACCGUUUGCGUCGGCGUUCGAAUUUCGUGAAGCGUUAAGAGAAAAAAGAGCAUGACUGCAUGUAUAUACAAACACUCGCAGUAUGUAAUUGUGCCGUGCGCUUAGGAACAACAUUUACCCUCGUGUCACGAGUGUCAAGUCAUUUUACACUGAAAAAUUUUUCCUCAAGUUUGGACAACUUUACAAUGUUUUUUCACCAUUGUCACUGGUACUAGACCUCUCCUCAGCAGUGCUAUUUGUCUUUAGGAUUAUUCCUCCAGUGCACGGUGAUUAUCAGCGCAUUUGUCAUGUCACCGUAUUCUAAAGUUGCAGUAACAUUCAUCUGUGUUUUUCUGUUUGGAAGUAUCUUGCUUUUGGUUUGUAGAAAAGCAAGGUCACAGAACGAUACCAGAGGGGAUGCAGAAAUCCUUCAAGUAAUGCACUCUUUGAAAGCGUUUGCAAAUGAUGAAUAUGUGCUGCAAAGAAAACGAGCCAGAGUUACAGAAAACAUGUUGUUGAAGUCCAAACUGGCAUGGCUCCCUAAAAAUUUCACAGUGCCAAAUAUCUUUCUUCAAUCCGACAAGCAGUCUGUCAUUAUGCAGGAUGCAAAGAAAGAUAAUCGAACACUUGUGUUUGUUCAUCAUCCACGAACAGCUGGAGAUCACGUGAUUAGCUGUCUGAACAACUUAUCUUACGCCAAAAAUAUGGCCAUGUCGCCAUUAAUGAAUUCCAAAAACAGGCUACUUUGGGACACUGGAAAUCCGGACACCGUAUCGUUUCAAAACGAAAUCGACAUCCAUCGAGGGACGUUUGCGUUUGGGGUUUGCGAAAAACUACAAAGUAAAUGUCAUUACAUAACACUAUUUCGUGAUCCUUUCGAAAGCAUGGUGUCUCUGUAUCAUCAUUGUGAAAAUAUUGGGACACAUGAAUUUUGCUCUCUUUUUAAAGCUAAAUCGUUUUCUCUUCGCGAGUGGAUUAUUGAGAAUGGGGGAAUGCUUUUGAACCAGUUUCUGUAUUCAUCCCAUCUCUGCUUAACUCAUCAUCGAAAUUCUUCCUCAGAUGUUGCUAAAUACCCCUGUUGGCACCGACAAAAUUUAGAAAACGAUAAAUUAACUGAUGCUGAAAAAGGCCAUGCUGCUAAUUAUAUAGCUCGCAAUCUACGUCGGUGGUUCUCUGUGAUUGGAUUAUUUGAAAACUUUGAAGAAUCCUUGUCAUUGUUUGAACAUGCUUUCGGUGAAUCCUUCACAAAAUGUUCACCAAAGAGAAAUUUUAAAUUCACUUUUGAAGAGGAAAUUCAGAAGACAAAUAAGGCUCAUUUACUAUCUAAUGAUGAUAGACAGGUUGAUUACAACGAAGAGUAUGAAGAUGAGAUAGACAUGAUUAGAGACGAUAUUUAUGUACAAAGAGCCCUAUCGCCUUCAAACACGAUUUAUUUAGAAGCCAAACGAAUCUAUAACUUUCAAAGACAAAUUAUGUAUAAUAAAUUGAAUAUUUGAUAUGUUCUC